UCCCUUCACAUUGCUAAGGUAUAAAUACAUACACUAUACACCCAGCUCUGUGCUAAGUGUUGUGGGCGAUUUGGAGUUUGUCUCCUUUUCAGUUAAUGAAUAUGUGUGAUAUUGAAGAUUGAAAGUGAAAUUGGGAGUGCAGAGGUAGGCUCCAGAAGUGUCAAGGAAAAACUGAGGGAUGAGUUAGGUCUGGAAGAAAGAAGAGACAUUUUAUUCACCAAAAUAAAACAAUAUUUUUUAAGCCCAUCACAUUUCCCAACAGUAAGUCUAUUUCUGUUAACAUUUCAUCACUUCCCCAUUUUGUUGCUUCCUGGAGUGGAGACUGAUUUGUUGCCCAGUAAAUUCCCUUGUCCUCCUUAUGCAAGAAAAGAAAUUCUGACCUAACACACAGCCACAGAACAAGUUAACAAUAUUUUUAUGUCUUAGAGUUGAGCUUCCUAAAAUACAGAUAAAGUAUUCAACCUUCAAGAUUCAUUUUCCUUGAAUCUUACCAACAAGACACUCCUGGAUCCAGAAAUUGAAGAGAGAAGGAGAGAGAGAGAGGAGGAAAGAGAAAGAAUGAAUUCAUCCAAAUCACCUGCAUCACAAUGCACAGAAAAAGGAUACUUCUCUUCCCAAGUGUUCUUAUGGACUGUUGCUGGGGUCUCCAUCCUACUACUCAGUGCCUGUUUUAUCACCAGAUGUGUUGUGACAUAUCACAUCUUUCAAUCCUGUGAUGAGAAAAAGUUCCAGCUACAGGAGGAUUUCAUAGAGCUCUCCUGCUAUAAUGGUGGAUCAGGUUCAGUCAAGAAUUGCUGUCCAUUGAACUGGGUACAUUUUCAAUCUAGCUGCUACUUCUUUUCUACUAACGUCAUGUCCUGGACAGCAAGUUUAAAAAACUGCUCAAAUGUGGGAGCUCAUCUGGUGGUUAUCAACACCCAGGAGGAGCAGGAAUUCCUUUUCCGUGAGAAACCUAGAGAGAAAGAGUUUUAUAUUGGACUGACUGACCAGGUGAUCGAGGGUCAAUGGCAAUGGGUCGAUGGCACACCUCUCACAGAGUCGCUGAGCUUCUGGGAUAUAGGGGAGCCCAACAACUUAGCUACAGUAGAGGACUGCGCCACCAUAAGAGACUCUUCAAACUCAAGGCAAAAUUGGAAUGAUGUGCCCUGUUUCUUCCGUCAGUUUUGGAUUUGUGAAAUGCCAGAAAUUAAAACCUGAACAAAGAAAAACCUCUAAGAACGGAAGGCAGAACUUAAAUGUAUAAAUGAGGAGGAACAAGAGCAUGAACACAGCCUCGCCUCCAACACAAGAAAAGUGUACACUGCACUUCCUAAGGACUUCACAAGUGUUUGUUGCUCUGACAUAAAUAAAAAUGAUUAGUUCUGAAUGUCAUAAUUCAUUAUACUAACUGAAGUGCAUUUUUCUUUACAUUAGUCUCAGGACUUCUCAGAAUUUACCAAGCAAUUCUCCAGCAAAUGCUAGAAGAAAGAAAUGCUUUUUUUGGUACAUUUGCUUCAUUUGUGAGCAUAUGAAACUACAAGGACAUAGAACAAGUACAGAGUCCAGCAAAGGAGAUUUUGGAAAGUGCCUUUGAACAACUGCCUAAAUUCAGGCUCUGUGUCAAUUCCUCUUCUUUCUAGCUCCUGAAAAAUCUGUCUUCUCAUCUUGAUUUCAUACUGUUUUUAUCCCCUGCCCAAGCAUAUAUCCUCACUAUGUUCUUCUCUACAAUGAGCAAGAAACUUCCUCAAGCCAUGGAACUUAUUUCUGCUCGAAAGACUGAUGUAAAUUUUCUUGCCAAAGGCCUUUAUUGCACCUUCUUAGGGAAAGGCUAUGCUAACUUUUAGCUCCAAAUCGACUGAGAUCCAGUCCACUCAUUGCAGGAACUCCCUUUUCUCUCUAGUCUCUGCCAUUGACUAACUGGAUCUCACCUGAAUUUGUGUCUAUUGCUCAGCUAGAUCCGGAGUCGAACAGUCAAAUUAUUCUAAGGAGACAUUCAGCUUGACAUUUUCCUGUCUAAGACUAUUCAUUUAUUGCAUAAUAUUCUAUCAAUACUGAUAAUGUUAUACAAGAAUAUGUAAAUAACUUGGCAGCUUUUAUAACCAUGUUUCUUGCAGACUGUACCAUAAAGAGACUCUCAAAAUUCAUACAUUGGAAUUAAUGUGUAAUUAUUGAAUGGGAAAAUUCAACUAAACAAGUAAAUAUAAUAUAUUAGCUUUCCUUAUAAAUGUUUAUUUCCCCUAGACAUAAGUGACAACCUGUGGUUUUGAAAUCAACACACCUUUAAAUCAAAAGUCAUUCAACCUAAAAGUAAUCCAAUAAGUAUAUCUUCAACUUUCUAAUUCCCUUUUUUCAAAUCAUAAACAUCAAUGAGGAAACACUGAAAAAUAUAAACUUGCUUUUUUCAUUGUUGUUUCCUUGCAGGUGGCUAUAAUUUGAUUAUUUUGAGUUUUAUUUCAUUAUUAAAAGACAUGAAAAUGUUAGUGUGUAUUAUUUCACCAUAUAUUUAUCAUUUAAGUUAUACAAUUAACUUGGUCUUCAAAGUUUGGCAAGAAAAGAAACAAUUGCUAAGGGCUUAGUGGUUAAAGAUCAUUGGAACCUAAAUUAUUUAUCUGGAAAAUUCUUGUUUGAGAAGUAAAUUAUCCAGUUGAAACUGUUUUAAAAUAUAAUAUUUUAUAAAUGGGGCUACACAAAUAUUUAGGCACC